AUGUUUUCUGCUCUUGAAGAAAGGAUCAAAGAUUUGCAAGAGAACGAUGCGGAAUAUACCACUGAGUAUCAAAAGUUCGACGAAACAAUCAACCAGCCAUUUAUCAUCAUGGUAGUAAUAACUCCUUUGAUGAAAAGAGUGCACAAACUGGUAAGUUGAAAAAAAAAUUUCAACUGGCAUUAGAAUUAUAAACUACAAAAGUAUGGUGCAUGCUCAUUAAUGUGUAAACAAGAGAGAUUCUUUUUUUAGUUUUGCUAACCCAUUAACCGUCAAAAGGUUACCCUAAACAAAUAAAAUUGUCCAGUGUUAAAAUGAGUAAACUACAUGAUUCUUUAUUGUUAACAAUGAAUUUCUAUUCUUCACCCAUUUUAACAGCUUCCCUAUUGAGGGAGGGGUGGGGGGGUGGGGGGGGGUGGCUUAAUAGAGAAUUUACAGUAAAUACAGACUCACAUUUAAAAUAUUAAUACAGCAACAUGAUAACUGAUGAACCGAAAAGGUCUUUGUUAAAUAAUGUUGUUUGAUUGAUAUUAUUACACGUUGCACAAGCAAACGAUUUGGCUUUCUUGGAUUCCUCCUCAAAUAUGGAAGAAUACAAUCUCCGUGUGUUUGUAGUGGUUACACAUAGUGUUUGUGGAGCCCUUCUUUCGGGAAUUUUUGUAACCAGCGAUGAGAAAGAGCGGACCCUUAGAGAUGCUUUGGAGCUGUUUAAAUCUUCCUUUCCCGAUUUUGCCUUUUAUGGUGCAACCGGGCCUAGAGUUUUUAUGACAGAUAACUGCCAUGAAUUGCGAGUUGCAUUAAGAGAUGUGUGGCCGAAGUCUGUUCCAGUCCUUUGCAUCUUCCAUGUGCUUCAACAGGUUUAGCGUUGGCUACACGAGAAGAAAAAUGGAAUAAGCUUGGAAGAUCGGCCUCCCUUGCUCUUGGCAUUCAAGAAGAUUAUCUAUAGAGAGAAUGAAGAUGACAUACAUGAUUUAUUUGAUGCCGUCAUAACAAGCGACAUGACAUCAAAAUACCCAAACUUUAAUAAGUAUGUCACUGAUGUCUUCGAGGACUGUGAGGCAUGGGCACUCUGUUACCGAAUUCAAGUACCUGUGAGAGGUAAUAAUACCAACAACUUGUGUGAAGCACAGUUUUUGGUCAUUAAAGACGAGAUCCUAAACCGCCAAAAAGAAGUUAAUGUUGUUGGUCUCAUGGACAAGUUUACAACUGAGCUAGAUCAACACUACCGCAAUAAGCUUUUGUCAGUUUCAUCAGGUUUAAAACUACAUAUAUUGAAUAUUAUAUAUAUAUAUAUAUAUAUAUAUAUAUAUAUAUAUAUAUAUAUAUAUAUAUAUAUAUAUAUAUAUAUAACCCCAUUGAGUGGCAACACUCCCCCUUGACGAGUAAAAUCAUCUGGCGCUAGACACUAGACAGAGCAAAAUAAUAAAGCAGGGCGCAUCUUGGUGCAUUGCCACUUAAAGGGUUAAUAGAUGCAAACAAUGGGGUAAAUAAAUGAAAUUUUAAUUACCUAUUGGGCCGUUCCAGAAAAGAUCCACAUUCCCCCCACAGAGGAAAUUUCUGCCGUCUGGAGGGGGAGGGGAGAAAAAAUUGUUUCUGAUAAUAGUAAAUGUAUUAGGACAUCCGAAGGGGAUAGGGUUGACUUGCUCCAAGUCUCUCUUUCAUUGUCAUAUAGUAUCGAUCCAUUAUGGUGUACAUUACAUGACGUAGCACGGAGGAGCGGAGCGAGAAAGAGAGACUUGUCAACUUCGGAAAAUCUCGGUUCAAAACUGAACCAAAAAUGCAAGACUUGCUUUAAUUGUUUUCUGUCAGUGUUAUAUGUAUUCAUCUAGCACAGUGUAAAUACGUGAGUUCCAUAAUAGUAAAUAAUACAGAAAGAAAUUGAAGGAAAACGAUUAAAGCAAGUCUUGCAUUUUCGGUUCAGUUUUGAACCGAGAUUUUCCGAAAUUGACAAGUCUCUCUUUCUUUCUCCGCCUCUCUGUGCUACUUCAUGUAAUGUACAAUAUAGUGGAUCGAUACUAUGUCAAAUGAAGGAGAGACUUGGAGCAAGUCUAGGGGUAGGGGGGUUGUAAUGUCCCAUUACAGUCGAACCUGUAUUAAGUGGCCCUGUUUUGGGUUGGACGCUUUGUGUACAUAUAAGUGUAUGCUAGUCCCCGAACCGGCGGCGCGAAGCGCCGUGCGAGGGUACUAAUUCCCCCCGGCUAUUUACACCCGGGGAAACGAAAGCAUUAGCGAAGUCUAAAGUUCAUCAAAUAUCGCGGGCGUGGCUCACCAGCGAUUUUUCGGUGGGUUGUCAUCCCCACUGAUCUCAAAAAUAUUGCGGACUGUCAUGAAUAGCGGACACUGAUUGGUCCAAUUUAAAGUUUGCAUUAUAACGACUGCAUGACGACAGCGAAAUAGCAAACAUUUCUUGAUUUGAUGAUUGAUAAAUUUCGUGCAAAUAUAUUUCAUUUUUUGCUCGCAUUUUGGCAAGAUUUUGUAAAUUUCAAAAGCUCUCUCAGAAAGAAACUGCGAAAGAAUUGGCUAAAAGAAGGGAGCCGACGUUAACGAAGGUAAGUUUGUUUUAAAUAUUGAUUUUAUAAUGGAUUUAAAAUCCGACGGCCUUUGCGUAUGAAAUAACUAACAAGACAGCAUAUAAUUUCAUUGUAUGUUUAAUAUUGAUUCCUUUUUUUAUGAUAUUCAAUUUUUUAAAUAAAAAAGAAAGCCAAGUUAUUUGCAAGCGAAAAUUUGAAAUCAUUUUUUUGCAAACUCAAAGUUUAUCGAUAAAGCCAUUUUAAAAGGCAGAUUAGUUUUAAUAUAAAGAACACUAGUGAUUUAAAACGUUUUGCGAAGCGUUUGUGGUUGAAUUUUACCUUAAAUUGAGGCUUAUAUUACGUAUAAUAACAUACCUAACAUAUAUAUGUUGGGAAAUUAAUAAUUUUGUAAUUAAAAGUGAUAUUUUCAGGCGAUUUUUCAUUUGUAAAAAUAUUGAAUAUUCUUAAAAAAUUAACGUGUUACCAUGACAUCUACUUUAGAUACUUCAUGUUCGGAAAAUACAAUGGUUUUGUCAGCAAGGCGAGGGUUUCUGCAUGCAUGUAUUUUCUAGUAUAAAUGUAUAAGUGUCUGCUAGCAGGUGCAAGCAUGCUAUGUAUUAGACGACCACCAGUCUACCUAGAUUUUCGCAAAGUCCUUUGUGUUUGAUUAGCACAGAGGAUUUUUAAGGAAUAUAGUGACAACCCUGUAUUAACUGACAAGCAACUCAUUCCCCAAGGGUGCUCACUAAUACAGGUUUGACUGUAACAUUUCCAACAUAUAUCAGUGUCACAUCUAUAGGGUAUCAAUGUUGGCUGCAACAUGUUCCUGGUACCAAGCCUGUCUGAGGAAGGAGUACUAUAUCUGGUCGAUAUGAACACUGGAUUCUGUCAGUGCAAGAUUGGUGUUAACGGUUCACCGUGCAAACAUCAGUAUAUUAUGUGGGUGAACAAGCUGUCAGUUGCUGUAAACUUCUUACCAAUUUUCAGCAAAGAGCAGAGGAUGAUGUACGCUGAGAUUGCUAUGGGAGCUACAUUUCCUUUGCAUUUCUAUGAGGGAUUACAUGACCAAGUUAUAUCACUACCAGCCACUGAUGUGCCAUGUCCUGACCAGUUUGAUCAGACACGUACUGGUAGUGAAGUUCCAGAAGCAACGUUUACCUCGCCAGGUCUGUAA